AUAUCUUCUUCAAUCUUCACCGCAAAAUAUAGCCUUCCUUUGCUGUCGUUGUAUAUCUUCAUCUUCUUCACCACACUAUACUCAUCUCUUUGCUUGAUUAGCUUAGCCAUGAAGACAAUGAGAAAUCAAGAGGUUACGGGUUUAGACAUGGCGAAAUGUCUGAUGCUCCUCUCUUGUAGGUUAGAGACCAAGUUCAAAAAUUGUUCAUCGUCGCCAAACGAUGUGUACGAGUGCAAAACCUGCAACCGCCAAUUCUCAUCGUUCCAAGCCCUUGGUGGCCACAGAGCGAGUCACAAGAAGCCGAGAACGUUACCGGGCAGCGAUCAGGACUCGAAAAGUGAGACCAAAUUGGCGCAAAGCAAGCCGAAAAAGCACGAGUGCUCCAUAUGCGGGAUGGAGUUCAGUUUGGGGCAAGCUUUGGGGGGUCAUAUGCGAAGGCACAGAAUGAUGAACGCCGGGUUUUCUUCUUCGGUUCCUUCUGCGGCUGUUGUUGCUUCGAAGAUUCCUGUGCUGAUGAGGUCGAAUAGUAAGAGGGUGAUGUGUUUGGACAUGGACUUGAACUUGACGCCUUUGGAAAAUGACCUGAAGGUCUUGUUUGGAAACAUGGCUCCAAAAGUUGAUACUCUGGUUUCUUAAUUCUUUGAUACGAUCGCUGUUGUAUUCAUUCUUUUAUUAGGUAUUUAGGUCUUAGAUUAUUUUAUGUAACAUGUCAUUUGAUGUACUGACCAAUUCUUUUUAAUUAACUUAAUUAUUCUUUUGUUACAACU